CUUUCAAGUUUCGAUCCAACCAGUGACCACCUUCUCGUGAAGUUCUACAAUGGCGGCCAUUUGCCGAGCACAGAGGGUUUGCUUGCCCCCCUCCUUGCCUAUCCUUUCAGGAGACGGCCUGAAGAAGGACCCUUUUACCCAUACAGCAGGUUGCUGCAGUUUCCCCAGCUUUCCGCCGUGCUUCAGAGGCAGAUUUCCUCAUUUCCAAUCAGGAUUAGAAAGCACUGUCCGCCACCGCACGCAUUUCACAAUUCCCCUUCUACGGGACACCCCAACCAGGUUGCACAAAGUCUGCUCCAUUCCAGAAUCAAAUCAACCGCAGGUUUGUGGUUGUAAGUUUGUUGAUCAUAGUAGGUGCUUAUCCUUUAGGAGAGCAUGGCCUAGACGAAGGGACUCUAGACAGCGGCUAAGUAUCAUUGUGCACGCGCUCCCUCCAAUCAGGGACGAAGAAGCAGGGAAAGAUCCGCAGAAGUUUAUGGUGGAACUAGAGCGGGCGUGGCACAUCUCCAAGCGGCCAAAGCCUGUCCCGUGCUCUACAUGCUCAGCAGAGGGGGAGGUGGAGUGUCCGUGGUGCAACGGAACGGGGUUUCUCGUUCUGGGAGAUACCAUGGUCUGCGAUGUCAACGAUCAUGAUCGCUCAUGUAGAGUAUGUCAAGGAAAGGGAUCAAUAAAGUGCGAUGAUUGUAAAGGGACUGGCAAGCGGGCCGGCUGGUUGGAACGCGUCCCUCCUCACGAUUCGGAUGACCGCUUCCGCUUUCCUCGAUAGUAUUUUUCCAGCUGCAAGCACAUUCUAGUUGUUGUAGAACAGCGGGUCAGUAGAUUCCGGAAUUUAUCUCCAUCAGGAAGCGAGUUCAACAGUUUCCGCGGGUAGGCGUGCCCCGCGUCUGAUGCAACGGUCGAGGUGAAGCGUAACCUUGAAGAUGCCGCUUCAGGUGUGCCACCUUCGUUCGUAGACUUGUAGGCACGAGCAAAUGGCUUUAGAAUAGCCCAUGUACAGACGAGCAAGUACCUUGAUCUUUUUUUUUGCCUGAUCCCCAGGCCGCCAGCAUAUUCAUUUCCUGCGCUUUCUGCUGAUUUCAAAACGGAUAGAUUGGAAGCAAGAGGUUACUUGUUUCGGCCCGCCCGGCCCAUGUGGUUUGCAAAAGAGCCUUGGCUCCAGAAGAUUGAACGUCACCUAGCCUGCUCGCUG